AUGGCGUUGAAGGAAGUGCGAGAGCCGUUGAACCCAAGCCAGCGCGUCGCCGUGAAAAGCGCGCUAAGCUCUUCGCUCGCGGUUUGGCAAGGUCCGCCCGGUACGGGUAAGACUCGCACGCUCAUAGCGUACAUCGGUGCUGCCGUACACCUGGCGUCCAUCCAAAAGAGGCGAGGAAGGGGUCCGAUCGUUCUCGCUUCCGCUGCGUCGAACGUAGCCGUGGAUAAUAUCCUCGAAGGACUGGCAAAAGAAUCUUUCAUCGUCGAUGGACGACCGCUGCGAGUCGUGCGCGUGGGAGCGCCCGCAAAGGUGCAACCUUGGCUUCAGCAACUCACGCUGGAUGCUCAAAUCGCGUUGCACCCUCUCGGGCGUCAAGCGGCGGCCAUGCGUGAAGCUAUCCGAGGACAAUCUGGUCCAGCGUUUGCUCGCCAGCGCAAGCAAGCGACGCAGUUGGAACUGACGGCUGCGAAGAGCAUAUUAAAGUCUGUGGAUGUCGUGUGCACCACAUGCGUCGGCGCAGGCGACGAGUUACUGGAGGACUUCACGUUCCCAGUGGCUGUCGUGGAUGAGGCGACACAAUGCACCGAACCAGGAGCGUUAAUCUCUCUCACGAAAGCCUUGAGCGCCGUGCUCGUGGGUGAUUCCAAGCAAUUGCCUCCCACGGUGGUGUCUCGUGACGCCGUCGACGCUGGCUUACAAGUUUCAAUCUUUGAGCGCAUGGAGAGGCUCGGGGUGAAGGUGUCUUUGCUAGACAUGCAGUACCGCAUGCAUCCGCAAAUCGCCGAAUUUCCGUCUCUGGCGUUUUACAAAGGGAAAGUAGGAUCGGUACCGACGCCGCAAGAUCGUCCGUUGGUGCCGGGUAUCGCUUGGCCGUCGCCGAACGUUCCAGUAGCCUUCGUAGAAAUCUCCGCCCCUGAAUCGCGAGCACCCGAUGGAAACAGUCUGUAUAACGUCGGAGAAGCGAAGAUGGCCAUCGGUGUGGUGAGAAAACUUCUCGCGGCGGGCGAUUUAGCGGGACCCGGGGACAUCGGCGUCAUCUCGCCGUACGCCGCGCAAGUUCGACGGUUGCAAGAAGAAUACGGCGUAGGAGGAAGUCCGAAACGAAAUUACUUGGACUACACCGAAGAGGAUAAAAUAGAGGAGCUCGAAAUACGUUCCGUUGAUGGAUUCCAAGGCAGAGAAAAGGAAGUGAUCGUUUUGUGCACCGUGCGAAGCAACCCGUCUGGAGACAUCGGCUUCGUCGCCGACCCGCGCCGGCUCAACGUGGGAAUCACGCGAGCGAAACGUGGAUUGAUCGUCCUCGGAAAUCGCAAAACUUUGUCAAACAAUGAGAUGUGGCGAAGUUGGUUUAAGUGGAUCGACGAACAAAACUGUGCGGUUUCCGACACUACAAAUUUCUAG